UUCUGACCUCUGGCUUUUCUGUUGAGCGCCUGCUGUGAAUCAGGCACUGAGUGUACUAAACGUUGGAGGAACAGGUGAAUGAAACCGGGGACAAAUCCUUCCAUAUGUAUCAACUCUAGUGUAGCCUUUGCCCUGAUCUCGGCGGAUGGGUCGUCUAUUCCUAACCUGUACGUUUCUGGAUACCCCAAAAUGGGAAGGGCUGCAGGGACUAUGCUCUCCCAGAGUUUCUUCGGAGUGCGGAUCCCUUGGCUGUAGGGCCACAUUCCACCUGCCUUUAAACCCUUCCCCCGACCAUAAAAGGAGAGGCAGCUGCUGGGGGUGUCCCCAGGAUCUAAAGAUAGCGGCCCUUGUCUUGGACUCCAAACGCCACGGGGCAGCGGGAGCCGCCAUGGCACGCCCCACCUCAACUCCUCUUCAGGCAGCAUGCCCGGACCCUGUGGUACGACAGGCCCAAGUAUGUGUUCAUGGAGUUUUGUGUUGAGGACAGCACCGAUGUGCACGUACUCAUCGAAGACCACCGCAUUGUGUUCAGCUGCAAGAAUCCCGAUGGAGUGGAGUUGUACAAUGAGAUUGAGUUCUAUGCCAAGGUGAACAGUAAGGACUCUCAGGAUAAGCGCUCUGGUCGCUCCAUUACUUGCUUUGUGAGGAAAUGGAAGGAGAAUGUGGCCUGGCCCCGGCUCACCAAGGAAGAUAUCAAGCCAGUGUGGUUGUCUGUGGACUUUGAUAACUGGAGAGACUGGGAAGGGGACGAAGAAGUGGAGCUAGCUCAGGUGGAACAUUACGCAGAGCUGUUGAAGAAGGUUAGCACCAAGAAACCUCCUCCUGCAAUGGACGACCUGGAUGAUGAUUCUGACAGUGCUGACGCAACAAGUAAUUAACUUUCUGUGACAGCAGAGCUGGGGAGGAAGCUGUGGCUGUCUUCCAGUCACUCUGACAAGCUAGGGCCUGGGACUUUGUCAGUUCUUUGGCUGCAUACCAGGGUCCUCUGGGACCUCUGAACUUCUCGAGAAGCUCUUUAUUAAGGGCCCUCCUUCAUGCUCUGUUUCUUCUUCCUAGGCACUUGACUAUGGCUGCUGCAUCAGAUGGUGGGACAAAUGGGUGGGACUUCUGGCUUCCUACCAAUUGUCUGUCAUCUUUGCAUUUGGGCCACUCAUUAGGGCUUUCUUGAGUAUCUGAGCCUGUGUCUGUGGCGGGGAGAGGAGGGGUAGAGCAAGAGCCAAUGAAGCAGCAUUUAGAUUAUAAUAAAUCUAGGAACUGUUCUCUGUCUCUUUCCUUCUUGUACUUCUUCCUCCUGGAGGCAAACCACUUCCCCCUCUCUAAUUCCCCUCAAGGGGAGGUGGUGUCAGAGAUCCUGGCUCCCACUGUAGAGAUUGGGAAAAAGAUGUUUGGAGUAACUUGUAACCAAGCUGGGGGACUUCCCCAUGCCCAGAUCUAUGCUCUGAUUUCUCAGAGCAGAAACCAGCCUUUCACCAUGUGGCUAAUACUGCCACCCCUAGAACUAGCCAGAAACCUACCUCAGCUUCCUGCAUACUCUAGAAAUCUUUACACUUUCAGACGUAAUUGUUACAUUAGUUAAUGCCUAUGUCUGUUUACUCCUCCAUUCAUCAGCUACCCUAUUCAUCCACAAACAUUUUUUGAGUGCCUAUUGUGGACUUAAACCAUGACAAACAAAAUGCAAUACUCUGACUUUGCCCUUGAACUCAUGGCAAAGUACAGAGGUUUGUUUAAAAAAAUUAAACUUUAAAAUUUAUAUUGGUAAUAUACAGACAUAGUUUUAAAAAUUCAAAUGAUAUUGAAGGGUGUAAAAUUUAAAGUAGAAUUUUCACUCCUUCAAUAGGGAUAACCACGGUUACCAGCUUUUUCAAUAAGUUUUUAUUUACCUAUGUCUACAUCUUUAUAUCUAUAUAUGCUCUACACAUUAUAAAUUCUAUAAUACCUAUCAUUUAUAUUAUAUAGUUAUAUAGUUACAUAUAAAACAAUAUAUAACAUAUGGAAUGUAAACAUAUACAGUAUCAUGUAUUGUUUAUAUACAGUAUAUAUAUAUAUAUUAAAAUUUAGCACAUAUAUAGGCAAAUGCAGUGUGUGUGUACACAACAGGAACAUACUGUGUACAUCUUGCACCUUGCUUUUUUUCACUUAAUAUGUGUUGGACCUCUUUCCAAAUCAGAGUACAUAGAUCUAACUCUUUUAUCAUGGCUACAUGGUAUUCGACUGAAUACAUUUUCUGUAAUUAACUGGUUCCUUAUAGAGGGGCAUUUAGGUUAUUUUAAGUCUUUUUAAAUUUUCAGACAGUGCUGCAACGAACAUUUAAAAAAGUAUAUCCUUACAUAUUUGGCAAGAAUAUCUGCCAAAUUUCUAGGGUAAAUUUCUAGAAGUGGAAUUGCUAGGUCAAUGAGUAGAUACAUGUAAACAUUUUGAUAGCUGUUGCCACGUUGCUCUGAGAUGAAAUCACACGAGUGUUCACUUCUACAACAAGAGUGGUCCAUUCUCCAAAACCUUUUAGUUGUUUGCCAAGAUAAAAAAUUAUACCUGGUUUAAUUUGCUUUUAAUUAUGAGAUUGCUUAAUUGUUUAAUUUCAUUAGUGAUUAGUAUUUCUUUAAUGUGCUCUGUCCAUGUCUUUCGCCCAUUUUGCUAUUUACAUUAGUUCUUAAACUUAAAAAUAAAACUUAUAAUUCAAAGC